AUGGUUCUCGAGCGUGUAAAGCAGCUGGCCCAACAGGUGUCCAACACCGUUGCUCCUCCUCACCCCUUUGAUCCGCUCACUGCGCUCGAGAUUGACACAGCCGUCUCCAUCCUUCGAUCGCAGUAUGGGAAGCUAUACUAUAAUGCCGUCACAUUGUUCGAGCCUCCCAAGGCUCAAAUGCUGAAGUGGCUAGCUGACCCUGAUCAUACUCCCAAACCAAGCCGUGUCGCGGACAUUGUCGUCAUCACCACCGACGGCAAGGUCUACGACGGCCAUGUCGACCUGACGGAGCGCAAAGUCAUUAAAUGGGAGCAUACUCCUAAUGUGCAGCCUCUCAUCACUAUGGAAGAUCUCCAGAUCGUCGAACACGUCGUCCGCAAAGACCCCGGCGUCAUUGAGCAAUGCGGCCUGAUUGGUAUUCCUCCCCAGGAUAUGCACAAGGUCUACUGUGACCCUUGGACAAUUGGCUACGACGAGAGAUUCGGCAACGGUGUCAGACUCCAACAAGCACUGAUGUAUUACCGUCCCCACCCCGACGACUCGCAGUACAGCUACCCCUUGGACUUCUGCCCAAUCUACGACUCCAACCUCCAGAAGAUCGUGCACAUCGACGUCCCCAAGGUCCGCCGACCGAUCAACAAGGCACCACCAAAUAACUACACCGUCAAAUCAAUCGAAGAAACCGGCGGCUACAGAACCGACCUGAAACCCAUCAACAUUACGCAACCCGAAGGCGUGUCCUUCACAAUGAAGAACCGCAUCAUCGAGUGGCAGAACUGGUCGAUCCACAUUGGCUUUAACUACCGCGAAGGCAUCGUCCUCAACAACAUCACCUAUUUCGACAAGGCGGAAAACAAGGUCCGACCCAUCUUCUACCGCCUAUCACUCGCCGAAAUGGUGGUCCCUUACGGAAACCCCGAGCACCCACACCAGCGGAAACACGCCUUUGACCUGGGCGAAUAUGGCGGCGGCUACAUGACCAACUCACUCAGUCUGGGCUGCGACUGCAAAGGCAGCAUCCACUACCUGGACUUCGACUUUGUGAACCGAGCCGGCGCCGCCCAGACGAUCAAGAACGCCGUCUGCAUCCACGAGGAAGACAACGGCAUCCUCUUCAAGCACAACGAUUUCCGCGACGACUCGGUCAUCGUCACCCGCGCCCGCAAGCUCAUCCUCAGCCACAUCUUCACGGCCGCCAACUACGAGUACUGCGUGUACUGGAUCUUCCACCAAGAUGGCACCGUGCAGCUCGAGAUCAAACUCACGGGCAUCCUGAACACCUACGCCAUGAACCCCGGCGAGGACACCAAAGGCUGGGGCACCGAGGUCUACCCCGGCGUCAACGCGCACAACCACCAACAUCUGUUCUGUCUGCGCGUGGACCCCAACAUCGACGGGCCCAAGAACACCGUCUUCCAAGUCGACGCCGUCCAAGGGCCUGGCGAGCCCGGCAGCGCCGAAAACUUUUACGGCAACGCCUUCUUCGCCCAGAAGACGAAAUACACGAACCCCGUCGAGGCCAUGGCCGACUACAACGGCAACACCUCCCGGACGUGGGACCUCGCCAAUGAGAACAAACUGAACCCCUACUCGAAGAAGCCCGUCUCCUACAAGCUGGUGUCGAGGGAAGUCCCGCCCCUGCUCCCCAAGGAGGGGUCCCUGGUCUGGAAGCGCGCUGGCUUCGCACGCCACGCCGUCCACGUCACACCCUAUGCGGACUCCCAAAUCCAUCCGGCAGGACGCCACGUGCCUCAGACGUCCGGCGAACCCUCCAUGGGCCUCCCGCAAUGGAUCGCCAAUAACCCCAACGCCAAGAUCGACAACGAGGACAUCGUCCUCUGGCACACCUUUGGACUCACCCAUUUCCCGGCCCCCGAAGACUACCCCGUCAUGCCCGCCGAGCCGAUGACCGUGCUGUUGCGGCCGCGGAACUUCUUCGUCCGCAAUCCCGCACUGGAUGUGCCGCCUAGCUAUGCCAGGACGCCGAGUGAGGUCGCGGCCGGGAAAGCUGGGGGGAGUUGCCAUGCCGAUAACACGAGCACGCGCGUUUGA